AUGGCUGCCACCGACGAACAGUACGGAAACAGGGGAUACGGCCAGAUUGGCUCUUCUGGAGGCAACCCCUAUGAUGCGCGCGAAAACUACGCACAGGGUGGAUACGACGACCGCGACGUAGAGAUGCAAGCUUACAACAACGGCGGUGCUGCCGCGAACCCCAACGCCAUCCUUGACGAGUGUCGCGAGGUUGACCGCGCCCUCGACGACCUCGAUGGCCAGCUCGCCAACCUUGACCGCGUCUUCAGGCAGUCACUGGCUCGCCCUGACAUGCCCUCGGGCGAGAUCAACAACCUCAGCUCACAGAUCAUGAGCAACUACCGCGGCCUCGUCACACGCGUCAAGAACAUCAAAUCAAAGCCCGACUCUGGCCACCCCAGGAACGCUCCCCAAGUCGGCAAGGUCGACCGGAGGCUGAAGGCUACCAUCAACAAGUACCAAACACUCGAGUCGGACUUUAGGCGGGAUUCACAGGCUGCGGCUGAGCGUCAAUACCGUAUUGUGCGCCCGGAUGCUACCGAGCAAGAAGUUCGCGACGCUGUUUCCGACCCUGAUGCGCCAAUCUUCCAGCAAGCUCUCCUCAACUCUGACCGCCGUGGCCAAGCCUCAUCAACCCUGCGCAACGUCAAGGAGCGACACGAAGCCAUUCAAAACAUAGAACGUCAGAUGGUGGAGCUUGCCCAACUAUUCCAAGACCUCGACCAGAUUGUCCAGGAGCAAGAGCCGCUUGUCGCCAACAUCGAGCAAAAGGGCGAGGAGAUCCAAGACAACGUCAAGGCUGCCAACGUGGAAAUCGAUGGUGCUAUCGUCAAGGCUCGCAGCCGCAACCGCAAGAAGUGGUGGUGCCUCCUCGUUUUGCUGCUCAUCAUCAUUGUUGUUGUCAUUAUCGCCGUUGUUGUCACACAAAGCAAGGCCGAAUUGCAGUACCGGCUGAUUGGUGGUAUCACGUAG